AUGCCCAGAGUGCCUUCUUUGUCACCUACCAACCAUCGUCGGCCUUCGACAUCUACCUCUUCAGGACCUCCACAACAUGUUUUCGUGGUCAGUAAACACAUAGCUGGACCUUCACAGCAUGCGGUAUCAGCUGGUGAAGGGGAUGGUCCAGCGAGUGUGACUAGUAUAGUGGAAGCUUUGAACAAGAGACAACCGCCUAGCUGUGAUGCCUGCAGAACUAGGAAGUUGAAAUGCGCUGGGAGACCUACAGUCAUUGAGUUGGGGUUGGAGGCGAUAGCCACUGUACAAUGCGAGCACUGCCGGGAAUGGGGACUGGACUGCUCGUACCUGUAUCAACGUAAACGACGGGGUCGCAAGAAUCGGGUCGUAGAGCGAUUAGCAGAAGAGCAGCGAGCGAGGAGAAAGUCACUAGGAGGGGAUGUUUUAUUAGGGCAGGUUAGACCGGGUACUGGUGGUGGAUCAAGUAGCUCGGAUGAAGAAGAACCGGAAAGAAGAGAUACAUCAGCAUCAGCAUCAACCGCAACAGCUGUACCGCCGCCUUUCAUGCAAAUACCUCAGCUAUACCAUCAGGAUUCCAAUCCCCUUAUCAGACCUACAAACGACUCUCCCAGACCUUACUACCCUUCUCCUCCUGAUUUCAGUAAUCAUGCUCCACAUCCUCCGCAGACAAUACAACCUUCUUCAGCUCCACCUCAUGCCUUCUCUUUCUCGAAUUCGGCUCAGAGUAACGGUACAAUACCUCCACAUCGGCUGCAUCAGCAUGACCAGGCCGCUUCCUUACCUUCUGUGGCUUCUCAUGAUUUCGCAAAUUCGAUUUCAGCCAUAAAUUCAACUUCACCCAAUAAUGAGGUAUCACCCUCUGUGGCGCUUUCAGAGGCUUCUAUACCACCUUCUACAUCUAUCGAUUCUGUCUUACCUAGAGAGAUGGCUAUGAAUACAAUAAAAUUAUGGUUCGAUCACAUACACUGUAUCAUACCGGUGAUUCAUCGACCAUCAUUCAUGGCUGACCUAGUGACACAUGAGGAAGAACGUAGACCGAUGUUCUUCGCUUUGAUCAUGGGUAUGAUAGCGACUACCCUCAUUCAUGUACCCAAAUCAUAUUUUGGGAUGUCAGCGGAAAGCGUUAGAAAAUUGUCAGAUAAAUGUAUGAAAGCUUGUUAUGCCGUCACGAGGAGGGAGAUGGAUAAUCCUAAUCUAGAUCUGAUCUGUAUAAAAUAUAUGGUAUUCAUCAUACACAACAAACAUGGUAAUGUCGGGUUGGAAGCAGCUGCUUUUGGGGAAGCGCAAUAUUUGGCAAUCAGUUUAGGAUUGCAUAGAGAAGAUACAUAUUACGGCUUAGAUCCUAUAGAAGCUGAAAGACGACGCCGAGCAUGGUUCUUGAUAUACAAUGCCGACAAGUUCGAAGCUGUGGCAAGAGCCAAACCCGUCUUACUUCGUCCAGAUGAAUUCUUAGGUCCUGAAGCGACCAAUUUCCCAACAGAGUUGGAUGAUAAAUCAAUCACGAAACAUGGCUACUUACCCAACUCGAUACCUGUACCUUUGAUUAGUGGAUUUAACAUCUUGACUAGAAUUGUAACCAUCUUGGGUGAUAUUUUGGUACACGAAAGGGAUAUUCGUCGACGACCCCCAAACGAUCCUGAAGAGCUGUUGUCGGCACUUAGACAAGUCAGACAGCUUCAGCAGCGUAUCAAAGUCAUUGCCGAUAAGCUACCUCGACCUUUUCAGCUUGAAGUCGGUUCUGGUGAUGUCCUACCUGCACCAGGAUGGGAAGAAGCUAUCCGAGAUGAACUCGACUUGUUCUUCUCCGAUCCAAUGUCAUCAGAAACAGCCAAGGAUGGUUAUCUAGUCCUCAAAGCCAACAUACACGUUACACUGGCUAUGACCAGACUUCGACUUAUUCUCCAUAGAGAAGAUCUAUUGAAUAGGAGUGGACAAGUGGGAACUCCCAGUAGGAACGCUGCUGAGUUGGUGGCUGCAGACUUGGGAGAGAAUGUAGAUUGGAGACAUACAGUGUAUCAAGAUUUGUUCAAGGCCGUGCAUGGUAUACCAAUCCAAGCUCUGGCUGCAAAUGGGCCAUCGUUGGUUACGAAAAUUAGAGUAGUUGCUGUUACGCUUCUUGACGCUAUGCCAUCUCAAGAACAGGCGGAUCCGAACGUGCAAGGAAUAGCAGCUUAUCUACUUGACUUCCUGAAUAUCAUGAGCAGCAUCGAAAGUCAAUUCGCGGAUUGA